AUGAGCAAUUCCGAAUUUCCUGACAUGGACAUUGAAGAAGAUUUUGCUGACAGCGAUGAUUUUACCGACAAUUUUAAGAAGACAUAUUCCAACCAAGAAAAAGAAAAAGUUAUUGCACCUACAUCAACUUUCACCCCAUGUGUAGUUCUAGAUUUACUUGACGGCGAGGUGAGACGCUGCAACGGUACGGAAAAGUUAUGUUCAAUACGUCAACUUGGAGGAAUGUGGGAGAUAGAUGGGGAUGACGAUGCAGUCAAAAAUAAAGACAGGCGCCAUUUACUCAGAGUAUGUCACCAACAUUUUAUGUUUGAUCAGAAUCAACUUCAUCCUAAACAACAUAAGAGCCGUAAUCCGAUUGUCGAUGACUGCUACGACGAUGAUCAUGACUAUCUUGCUGAAGUGUACGGAGAGUCACACAGUCGCAUCGAGCAGUUUGAUAAUUACGAAGACAUUGUGAUGUCGAUUGACAUCAACAACCUGCGUGCUCCUAAAUUGGGUCUUCAGCAACAGGGUGGACAUUUACGUGAAAAAGUCGGCAGAAAUAAAGAAUUUGUAUCUUGUGAAGAACAUGGAGAACACCGUAAUAGUAAUGAUAUACGCGAUGCAUUACAUGAUAUAGGAAGAUGGAUAAUGUCUUACUUGCAAGCGAAUACAUCAGAAGCCAUUUGGCCGAACAAAUUGCUGGCUGGAACUGCUUUGAAAUUGGGGAAAGCCGACUUGACUUAUACAGUAACUCCAGAAACGCCAGAAACGCCAUCUAUUACAGGAAAGGCAUUGGGGAAAAGGAUUGCAUCAUCAUAUUCUAAAAUUCAAGAAAAUCAGAAACAGUUAGCUGUUGUUAACAAAAAGACAUUGAUGCCAUCAAAUAACGAGAACAACAACUUUAUUUGUCUCCACUCACAACACUUAAAGGUCAUUUCCAAAAAAAACCACGAAAACGACACUGACAAUUGCCUUCCCUGGAAUGAAAAUCUGGCUUACACAUAUCAUAUCAUCAAUAUGCCAGAAACCAAAACUAUUGCCAUACUUACGGCAAAUUCUUUAUGGUGCAAAGGUUAUCUCUUACAGCAAACGGCAGCAACAGGGCUCCACGCCCCCGCAUUUUUAUCAUCAGCGCCAAUGGCAGCGUCUACAUUGGCCGAACCAUCGACUCCUCCCCCACAAUCAUUAUCAACAACAACAUCACCAACUAUCACGGAGUCGCCAAUCGAGGUCGGAAGCCGCGGAAGUCGGUUCCGUAGUCCGACCCCAUAUCCGUCCGAGUACGAUCUGUGCAAGUUGGAGGACGAAGAUGAUGUAAAAUAUAUUUAA